AGUUCUCCUACUACAAGCGACUCCUGAACCAAGACAGAAUCUGCUUCUCGAUCUCCUCGUCGAUAAACUACGCCAGGAACUUGAACCGCAAUAUCGACUUCAGGAUGGAGAUGGAGGACAUGGACGAAAGCGUCAUACGGUACACUCGUUACAGGUUCACUUCCAUCGACAACCACACAAAUCAGUUUCCGUUGGAUUCGGAUAACUUCAUGUACGAGUUCAACGACACCACCUACACGCACUUUUGGAGCCUGCGUGUCGGAGGCUAUCUUAAAGGUUUUUUCGCGUACGACAGUGCCACUACGAUCGCUUACAAAAUGAAUGAGCUACUGGACGCCUACCCUGGCGACCGAUGCGUCGUGUUUGACGACCUCGGUGACGAUAUGUGGGAAGGCAGCUUCACGCACAAUGGUCGCACCAUCUCCUUCCAGAAGUACGAGAUGCUGCACGCCAUCUCCAGCGCCAUGGUGCAGAGAUACGGCCCGGCCUUCCCACCAAAAUAUUACUAGGUUGCUUGCAUAGUGGACCGUGAUUGUUUGUGCAUCCUGCAGCGCUCGUUCAGUUGCCAGACAUCAUCACGUCGCUGUGGGUUGUGGACAGAGGAGACGGGGGUGUCAAGAAU